AUGAAUUCUUAAAUAAUAGUAUUUAUACUAUUAUAAAUUGCUUUUUUGGUUAAUUGCCUUAUUUAUGAACCAGAUCAACUUAUUUUUACAUCAGCUUAUGAUGAAGAUUAAUUUAAAGAUGUUUGGGAUAUAAGUUUAAAUAGAAAUCAAGACUUUGACGAUGUGCAAACCUAUGCUUAUGGAUUCUGGUUAAAAUACUCAUUUGUUUAUCCAAAAUACUUGGAAUAACAAAAGGAUUGGCAUUCAAUAAGUAGAUUAACUGCUCGAUAGAAUCACACUGAUUAUUAACAUCCUUUAGAUAGAGCUUUGUCAGUCUGGCUGAGUAAGGAUUUUUAUCACUUCACUACUUACACCACUGAAUACCCAGAGAAGUUUUAUAAUGCUAAAUAUGAGAGGGAAUAAUUAGAUGGUAAAUGGACUUUUGUUUACUUUGGAUACUCCUAUUAAGAAUUUUUGGCUAGAGGAUAUAUAUUGUUUGAUGAUGAUAAAUUUGAAGAAGCACUCAUUCCAGCAAAACAUUAUAGAUUGGACUUCCUCAGAUUUUUAAUUAAACGAGAAUUUAAUAAUUAUGCCUUCAAUGGGUUCUAUUGCAAUAUAUUCCUUUUAAUCAAUGAGCAAUAUCCUAUUACAGCAGAAGAAUUGAAAAUUUAUGCGUAUGAGUAAUAUCCGUUAUUGUUCAAUUUAAAUGAAAUAUUUUAAUAAUAAACAUUAUUAGAACAUCAGGAAGAGACAUUUUAUGAUAAACAAAUAUUUAAAUAGUUUGAGUUUUCAGAGAUUGAUCCAUUAUAGUACUCAAUUUCAGGAUGGUUGAAAUUUAAUACUCCAAUUGAAUUUAAAGAUCAUAAUUUAGUUCUGCGAUUAAGCCAUUCCAAAAAACUCAACUAAGGAAUUUUUGAUAAAAUCUUUUAUUUAAUUUCAAACGAUCAAGGAUACGAAUUUGAAAGCUAUAAUUGCAUAGACAAUUGUAAAAUAAUCAAUUGGAAUAUACCAACUGAGAAUUAAGAGAAACAAUGGCAUUUUGUGUAUAUUGCAUACGAUGCAAAUCGAAAUAAGAUUUUUCAAUUUUGGAAAUUCGAGGAGAAGGCUUUUGUAAUCCAUCAUGAGUAAAUUCAUCAUUUUUAACUCCAUGGAAUUUAUGUUAAUUUAUAAAAGGAUGAAUAUGAUCCUGGUUUUAAUGGAUAUCUAAAAAGGUGGACAUUUAAUUACGGUGCUGGUGCAUAUCAAGAGAGUGGUUUUGAGGAUGACUAAAUACUUCAAGCAUAAUUAGGAUUGAUAGAUUUUAAUUCUCUAAAUAAGACUGAGACUUGGAAAUUUUAGCAAAGCAAUUUGAAUAUAGAUAUCAAUUUGAAUUAGGAUUUGUAAGAAAAUGAGAUUGAUCCUUCUCAUUUCCAAACCAAUUCCUUUGAAUAUGGUUAUGGAUUCUGGAUGAGAUUUCUUUACAAUUGUCCAUCAAAAAUUGAUAGUCUCACUAAUUAAACUUUAGGAUUGUCAAGAUUCGGAACCACUUAGCAGUAUAAAUAAAAUAAUAAUCUGGGAGAGAGUACUCUUUCAGUUUAUAUAUAAAAUAAUCGAAUAUAAUUUGAAUCUUAUAGUGUCCUAGAUAAACAAUAAAAGUAGUUUUACAUCAAUACUCAUUUAGAUAAUGAAUGGCUGUAUUUAUAUACAGGAUAUAAGAGAAUCUAUAAAGAACAAGGUGUUUUUCUUGGUUGUAUAUACAAUAUUAAGGGAGUUAAUAAAUGCACAAAUAGUUAAAAUGAUAUUGUGCAUUAUUUAAUUGACAAUUAUCUAUUCUUUUCUAUUGGUUCCAUCGGAUCAAGAUUUUAAGAUAUCAAACACUUUAACGGAGAUAUUUAAGAUGCAAACCUAUACUUUGGUAAAGAUAGUAUUAUACCGAAAUUUAACAAAUAAAAGACAUUUCCAGAGAACAUUGCAUCUAAUAAUUGGAUUUUUAAGUAGGUUGAAUAGUUCUCUAAUGAUCGACUUGAUAAAAUGCCUUCUGAAUAUAAAUUAAAUGAUGUUGUCUCAGAAUAUGGAGUUUAAUUAUGGUUUAAAAGCAUUGGGAAAACAAAUAAUGAGUUUUAGUUUAUAUUUUUGUUGUCAACUAAUGAGUAUAGAGAUUAGGUUUCAAAGCCAGGAGAUAUUACUUUGGGAGUGAAGAUGGAUUAAAAUAACAAUUUAUAUUUUUUGAGCUAUUCAUUCGAUAAAGAUGAUUACUUGUAAUAACAAGAGAAGAAAAUAGAAAUAGAAAAUGAAUAAGAUAAAAAAUAAUGGACCUAUAUAUACUUUGGACACAAGAAACAUGUUUGUCUUUAUUUCAUAUAAACAAAAACUAAAAGAGUUAAAAAUUCAUUUGAAUGUUUCCAUCAUGCCUCUAAAUAUUUCCUUGUUUAUAAGGGGUUUGAUGGAAAAGAAAAUGAUUUAUAAGGAGACAUUGACUAUUUUAAAGUUGAUUUUGGGUUAGGAUCAUUUCAAUCACAAUUCCAUCAUCUAACAGAAGCAUUUAAACAAGGAUUGAAACUCUUUCCAACUUCCUUUGAGUGGAAAGGCCAAUUUAAUAAAAUUAUUAAUGUACCAUCAAUUAAAUCUGGAUUCCAAUAAGUAUUUGCUUCGAAUUCAAAAAUAAGUAUGGAUGGCUAAAGAAAUUAUGGAUAUGGAUUUUGGUCAAGAUAUUUAAGAGAAUUCCCAGAAUUAGUAAAAUAGGAAGAUAAGGAGUAAUACAUCUCAAUUUCAAAUUUAUAUUGUAUACAGGCUCAAAACAAGGAACUUGAAAUUAUCUCCUUAUAUUUGAGCUAAGAUAAAAAGUAAUAUAAGGUGAAGACUUAUGAUUUAAAUACACACAAGUAUCAAAUUGGGACAUUCCAAUUAUUGAAUUAAUAAGAGAAUGUUUGGAACUAUGUUUAUUUAAGUUAUAAUGCAGAUAAAUAGUAAGUGGUUGGAUUUAUUCAUCACUAUAAAGAAAAUAGAGUAAUAAGGGUGAUUCUUAAGGACAUUUCUCAUAAGAGCAUAAAUGGGAAAGCCAACUUCAAUUUAGGAAGAUUUUUGAAUUAUGAAGGGUUUAAUGGUCAGAUCAGUAAUCUUAUAAUCAGAUUUGAUGGGAAUGCUGUUGUAGAUAAUAUUCAAUAAUUCUAAAGUUUGGUUGAUUCAUCAAAAUAAAUAGAGUCUAAUGAAAAGUUACAAGUGUUUAAAUUCAUCACUCUGAAAGAAGAAUCUUAGUUUAGUUAACAUAAUGUAGGAUUAAAAGAAAAUUAUUUUCCUGAAGAAUACUCAGUUUAUGGCUGGUUUAGACCUAAUCCUAGUGAAUUAAACAAAUAAUUAAUUUAAGAUAAUGUCAUAAAGGAGUAAUAUGAGUUUGAAUAAAUUGUAUUACAAUUAAGUUCUUGUUUAGAAUAAAAUGAGGAAUAAAGGUUUCGUUUUUAAAUUAGAAUAUCUUAAAAUGGAUAUUAAUUUGUUACUUAUUCCAUAAAUGAAGAAUCACCUGCUAUUUCUUGGAUCCAAAAUAUUCUAUUGGAUGCUAACUUUGGUACUUGGUGUUACUUUUGGAUGGGUUAUUCCUAAAAACUAUAAUAAGUUAAUGUGUACUUCAAGAUAAUAGAUUCGGUUGAAACUAAGGUUUUCAAUUAUAUUCAACAUCAUUUGACAAAUAAAUUUAUUCUGCUUUUAAGUUCUUAAGUGUAAGAUCAUGCCUUUGAUGGAGAUCUGGCUUAAAUAGGAAUGGAAGUUGGAAGUGGAUCAUUUAAGGAUAAAGCCAAUCUCCCAGAAUUUGAACUCAAAUUAAUCUAGAAAGCAUAUCAAUUCAAAGACUAUGAAGGUGAUUUCGAUAAACUAAAUAGACUCAAUUUAAUAUAAGGUAAGAAUGAUCUAAUUGGAUCUACCUAAUAUACUGUUUAGUUGUGGACUAGAUGGCUUAAUGAAAUAUCUGAUGAUUCUUUUCUAGAUCAAAAUAGUGUGUUUAGAUUUUCCAGAAAUUAAUAAUAUGAGAAUUGCGAUGAGAAGGGGGAUAGAACUUUAAUGGUUAUUAUUACUACAAAAUCUUAUGAAUUUCUAACAUAUAAUGUGGUAAGUGAUUAAUGCAGUGAAAGUAAAGAAAUAUCCUAUUAGCAAUUAUUUGAAGGGUAAUGGAAUUUAAUUUAUUUUUCAUAUUCUAAUACCUAAGAUUUUAUAGGAGCAAAAGGUUUUGUGUAUUUCUCAAAAACUGGAUAGUCUAAAGAAUUAGAAUUCAAUGUUGAACAUCUGCCAUUAACCAGUUAAGCUGUACUUACAGUAGGUUAAAGGGAAUUUACUUAUGGUAAGUUUUUUGGAUAAAUGCAUGACAUUUAAGUGAAGAUUGGCUAUGGGUUUGAGGAAGACAUUACAAGCAUCCUAGAGACUACUACUAUACCUGAUUUGGAGACUAACCAAUUUAACAAACAUAAUUUAGUUUAAGUUGAAAGCAGAAUUGAUCAGGUUGUCAAUAAGAAAUUCAAAUCAAAUCUAAAUUUAGAAAGACAAUAUUCCUUAUAUGGAUGGUUUAAAUAUGAUGGCAUUACUGAAUAUGGCUAAUUCUCUAUUUUAGCAAGAGUUAGUACAGAGCCUUUGUUAUCAAAAAAACUAUCAGAUCAAACAUUCUUGAUACUGGUUAAUCAACAUACUAUUUAAUUUAAAUCUUAUAAUUUAUUACCACAAUAUAGUACAUGUGAUGAGACAUUUGAAGUUAUAAAGAAUUAUGACUUUGUCCAACAAGAGAAAUAAUAAUGGAUAUUUUUUUAUAUUGGAUACAAUUUUGAUUCAAAUUCAUUGCAAAUAUAUUUGAAAUACAAUGAAGAUUUACAUGAUCAAUAAGAAUUACUGCAAAACAUAUAUCAUUACUUGCCCUUGUAGUUUUAUGUUUUCAUAGGAGAGGAUGAUAUUUAUUCAAAAUAUUCAGGUUUAAUAGAUGAUAUUAAUUUAUUAACUGGAUAAUCAAGCUAUAUCGAUUCAAAUAUCUAUUAGCAAUUUGGUUCUCUUAAUUAAAAGUAUAUUGAAAAUGUUUUGAAAUGA